UCAGCGCAGCCGGACGCGAUCGCCGCCGGCACCGGGAGCACCGGGAGCCGCCGCCCCGCCCGCCCGCCGGGACCGCCGGUCUCCAGAGCUGGCCAGGAUGGCGCAGUGGAACCAGCUGCAGCAGCUCGACACGCGGUACCUGGAGCAGCUCCACCAGCUCUACAGUGACAGCUUCCCCAUGGAGCUCCGGCAGUUCCUGGCCCCGUGGAUUGAGAGCCAGGACUGGGCGUAUGCAGCCAGCAAGGAGUCCCACGCCACGCUGGUGUUCCACAACCUGCUGGGGGAGAUUGACCAGCAGUACAGCCGCUUCCUGCAGGAGUCCAACGUCCUCUACCAGCACAACCUGCGCCGAAUCAAGCAGUUCCUGCAGAGCAGGUACUUGGAGAAGCCGAUGGAAAUCGCUCGCAUCGUGGCUCGCUGCCUGUGGGAAGAGUCCCGACUCCUCCAGACUGCUGCCACUGCAGCCCAGCAAGGGGGACAGGCAACACAUCCAACAGCAGCUGUGGUGACGGAGAAGCAGCAGAUGCUGGAGCAGCACCUGCAGGAUGUCAGGAAGAGGGUGCAGGAUCUGGAGCAGAAGAUGAAAGUGGUGGAGAAUCUCCAGGAUGACUUUGAUUUUAACUACAAGACUUUGAAAAGCCAAGGAGACAUGCAGGAUCUGAAUGGCAACAACCAGUCGGUGACCCGUCAGAAGAUGCAGCAGCUGGAGCAGAUGCUGACGGCGCUGGACCAGAUGCGCAGGGGCAUAGUGAGCGAGCUGGCCGGGCUGCUGUCGGCCAUGGAGUACGUGCAGAAGAUGCUGGCGGAUGAGGAACUGGCGGACUGGAAGAGGCGGCAGCAGAUCGCCUGCAUUGGUGGCCCACCCAAUAUCUGCCUGGACCGGCUCGAGAACUGGAUAACCUCCCUUGCCGAAUCGCAGCUACAGACCCGGCAGCAGAUCAAGAAGUUGGAAGAACUCCAGCAGAAAGUGUCCUACAAGGGUGACCCGAUUGUCCAGCACCGGCCCAUGCUGGAGGAGCGGAUUGUGGAGCUGUUCAGGAACCUGAUGAAAAGUGCUUUUGUUGUGGAGAGGCAGCCCUGCAUGCCCAUGCACCCCGACCGGCCCCUUGUCAUCAAGACGGGAGUGCAGUUCACCACCAAAGUCAGGUUAUUGGUCAAGUUUCCAGAGCUGAACUAUCAGCUGAAAAUCAAAGUUUGCAUUGACAAGGACUCCGGGGAUGUUGCAGCACUUCGGGGGUCCCGGAAGUUUAACAUCCUGGGGACCAACACCAAAGUCAUGAACAUGGAAGAGUCGAACAACGGCAGCCUCUCUGCAGAGUUCAAGCACCUGACCCUGCGGGAGCAGCGCUGCGGGAACGGAGGCAGAGCCAACUGCGACGCCUCACUGAUAGUCACCGAGGAGCUGCACCUCAUCACCUUUGAGACAGAGGUGUAUCACCAGGGGUUGAAGAUCGACCUGGAGACCCACUCGCUGCCUGUGGUGGUCAUCUCCAACAUUUGCCAGAUGCCCAAUGCCUGGGCGUCCAUCCUGUGGUACAACAUGCUGACCAACAACCCCAAGAAUGUGAACUUCUUCACCAAGCCGCCCAUCGGGACCUGGGACCAGGUGGCAGAGGUGCUGAGCUGGCAGUUCUCCUCCACCACAAAGCGUGGCCUCAGCAUCGAGCAGCUGACCACGCUGGCAGAAAAACUGCUGGGACCAGGUGUGAAUUACUCCGGCUGUCAGAUCACCUGGGCCAAGUUCUGCAAGGAGAACAUGGCUGGUAAAGGCUUCUCUUUCUGGGUCUGGCUGGAUAACAUCAUUGACUUGGUGAAGAAGUACAUCCUGGCGCUGUGGAAUGAAGGGUACAUCAUGGGGUUCAUCAGCAAGGAGCGGGAGAGAGCCAUCCUGAGCACCAAGCCCCCGGGCACCUUCCUGCUGCGCUUCAGCGAGAGCAGCAAGGAAGGUGGCAUCACCUUCACGUGGGUGGAGAAGGACAUCAGCGGGAAGACACAGAUCCAGUCGGUGGAACCUUACACCAAGCAGCAGCUCAACAACAUGUCGUUCGCGGAGAUCAUCAUGGGCUACAAAAUCAUGGAUUCCACCAACAUCCUGGUGUCCCCGCUGGUGUACCUGUACCCAGACAUCCCCAAGGAGGAGGCGUUUGGGAAGUACUGCCGCUCUGAGAGCCAGGAGCACGCGGAAGCGACGGACUCAGGUAGCGCUGCUCCGUACCUGAAGACCAAGUUCAUCUGUGUCACCCCCACCUCUUUCAGCAACACCAUCGACCUGCCCAUGUCCCCGCGCACCCUGGACUCACUCAUGCAGUUCGGCAACAGCAGCGAGGGCGCGGAGGGCAACUCAGGAGGGCAGUUUGAGUCGCUGACCUUCGACAUGGAGCUGACCCCGGAGUGUGCGUCCUCGCCCAUGUGAGGGGCUGCGCUGGCGCGCGGGGCCUCCCCGGGCUCGGCCUUCCCACCUCCAGAGAGCUCUCCCGGAUUUGUCCCGCUCGGCCGUGGCUGCUCCGAGCCUGUUCCUCGAGAGCGGCUGGGGGCCGGGUCUGCGCCCCCAGUUCCUUGCCUGCCCCAACGGAGCAGCCCCUCUCUGGGGUGGUGCCACUCGUCUCUGGGGGAGGGGGAUGAACCUCUUUCUAUUUCCUUCCA